AUGUCUGCUGUUACUGAAGCGUCAUCUUCUAUUGAUUUUCGGAAAGGGCUUGAAUCAUUUCGAGAGUGUAGCUGCAGUCAUCAAGUAGAAGAAAAGUGUGAACGGGUUCGGGAAGCCAUUUUAGAAGCACAUCUUAAGGUUAAAAAUCAGCUAAUACAAAAUCUUGAAGAUAUAAUUGACGAACAGGAAGCUAGGAUUCGGAACAUGGAAGACUACAUAUCUGGACAAAUUACUUCUUUAAGUCCUCGAAAUAAAAAAAUAUUGAAAGGGAUCUCUGUGCUAUCACUUGAUUUUGGAUCGCUCAGCGAAGAAAAUUUAGCACUUAAACGAUCCUUGGUGAACGCCCAGCGAUACAUAAGAAUGCUGGAACUACAGCUGUCGCCAUGCAAACCGGUUAGGUAA